AUAUACAAAAUAAGACAAACAAUGGCGGCGACGGGUGUGUUACCAUUCGUUCGAGGAAUAGACUUUUCUCGAAAUGACUUUCGGGAGGACUACUUUCCUAAUGCUGUGGGUGACAUGAUGGGAUUGAGGUGGCUGAAACUAAACAGAACAAACAUUGACUGGAUCCCAGAUGAACUAUCUAAUCUGCAGAAAUUGGAAACAUUGUCUUUGGUUCGUAAUAACCUAGUUACUAUUCAUGGUGAAAUAUCAACACUUCCAUGUCUACGUUCCUUGAAUUGCCGAUACAAUAAGCUUAAGAACUGUGGAAUACCUAAUGACAUCUUCCAUCUUGAAGAAUUAACUGUUCUGGACUUCAGUCACAACCAGCUUCGUGAUGUUCCUCAGGACCUGGACAUGGCUAGUAGCUUACUAGUGCUGAAUUUGAGUCACAAUCAUAUUGAGUCCAUCCCAAGUCAACUGUUUGUUAAUCUGACAGACCUGCAGUAUUUGGAUCUGAGUAAUAACAAGUUAGAAACUCUCCCACCCCAGAUGAGGCGAUUGGUCAAUUUACAGACCUUAAUCCUUAAUAACAACCCUCUAGGUCAUAAUCAAUUAAGACAGCUCCCUGCUUUGGUUUCUCUUACCACUCUUCGUCUCAGAAAUACACAACGAAGUUUGUCCAACACACCCACGUCACUAGAAAGCCUUGUAAAUCUUGCAGAUGUAGACCUGUCUCAGAAUGAGUUACCUCGAGUUCCUGAUGUUCUUUAUACUCUUGUGAACUUGAAACGUCUCAAUCUAAGUGACAAUAGCAUCUCUGAAGUCUCUUCAGCUGCUGGGGAUGCCUGGAAGAACUUGGAAAUACUGAACCUUUCAAGAAACAAGUUAUCUGUAUUACCUGCUUCCUUAUGUAAGCUUACUAAGCUGAGGCGGCUCUACAUCAGUGACAACGAAUUCGAUUUCGAAGGGAUCCCAUCUGGAAUUGGAAAGCUACAUAAUUUGGAGAUUUUUAUGGCUAACAAUAACAACCUUGAAAUGAUACCAGAGGGAGUUGUUCGAUGCGGCCGACUAAAGAAACUAAUGCUGGCACAUAAUCGACUAAUCACCCUUCCUGAGUCCAUACACUUAUUGACUGAUUUAGAGGUAUUAGACUUGCGAGAUAAUCCAGAUUUGGUGAUGCCUCCAAAACCCCAAGAAGCUCAGAAAGGGAAACUAGAGUAUUACAACAUUGAUUUCUCCCUAAACACACAGUUACGACUAGCAGGAGCAGUACCCUCUACACCUGUUUCUCCAUCAGCUCCAAGUAAGGAUCCUAUUGCUCGCAAAAUGAGGCUCCGAAGAAGGAAGGAAGGAGAGGCCGACAGCGAUCAGGCAAAGGUGCUGAAGGGAAUGAGUGACCUGGCAAAGGAGAAAAAUAAAGAUCCAAACAAGCAACAAGAUGAUAACAAAAAUAUCUCACUGAAGCCAAAGAGGUGGGAUGAAGCCUUAGAAAAACCUCCUUUGGACUACAGCCAAUUUUUUGAGGAUGAUGUCGGACAGAUUUCGGGUAUAAUGUGUUGGGAGAUUGAAAACUUCCUUCCUAAUCAAGUUGAUGAUGUGUUUAUAGGGAAGUUCUAUGAAGGUGAUUGCUACAUAAUUUUGAAGACAUUCACAGAUGAUACCCAGGGCCUGAACUGGCAGAUAUUUUAUUGGAUUGGAUCGUGUACAACUCUUGACAAGAAAGCCUGUGCUGCCAUCCAUUCUGUAAAUUUGAGGAAUUUCCUGGGUGCUCAGUGUAGGACAAUACGAGAAGAACAAGGUGAUGAAAGUGAGGAAUUCCUGGAGUUGUUUGGUUCUGAGAUCACCUAUAUUGAAGGAGGAAGAACACUUAGUGGCUUCUAUAAUGUAGAGGAAACGGAGUACAUUAGUCGUUUAUACAGGCUUCAUGCUUGGGGUCGCCAAGUGCAUCUCGAAGCAGUACCUCUGCACCAUAGCUCUCUUGAUCCUAGAUACGCUUUUGUACUGGAUGCUGGGAAUCAUAUUUACAUUUGGAAUGGAAAACAAUCCAAAAACACCCUACGAUCCAAAGCAAGGCUUUUAGCUGAGAAAAUCAACAAGAAUGAGAGGAAGAAUCAUUCAGAAAUCAUCUCCUUCCCUCAAGGACAAGAAGAAAGAUGUUUUUGGAAAUACUUUGGCUUAGAUGACCCCCAACUAGACCCUCCACAGCCCCAUGUACCCGCUGAUUUUGAACCCAUUCCUCCACGGUUAUAUCAAGUGGGACUGGGAAUGGGCUAUCUUGAACUCCCUCAAGUUGAAGUUCGGCAGAACAAGCUGGUGCCAACUCUUUUGAACACAAAGUGUGUGUAUAUUUUGGAUUGUGUUGCAGAUGUCUUUGUGUGCUUAGAUAAUGUCUUACAGAAAUGGAUGUCAACACAAGAGACCAAGGUUGACUUGUCGGCCCUCUUUAUGCCACGGCAGCCACCCAUGAGCAAGGAAGAAGCUGCUCAGUUAGUAGAAGAAUGGAACGAAGAUCUUGAAGCUAUGGAAGCUUUAGUUUUAGAAGGAAAAAAAUUUGUUAAACUUCCUAAAGAAGAAAUAGGUCACUUCUACAGCGAGGAUUGCUAUGUGUUCCUCUGCCGAUACUGGGUGGUCUUGGAGCCUCCUGAAGGAGAGGAGCUGACUGAAGGGGAAGAGCAUGAAUUACAGGACGAAGACUAUAAGUGUGUGGUAUAUUUCUGGCAAGGCAGAGACGCUACAAAUAUGGGAUGGUUGACAUUCACUUUCAGCUUACAAAAGAAAUUUGAAUCAUUGUUUGGGGACAAACUUGAAGUGGUCAGAACACAUCAGCAACAAGAACACUUGAAGUUUUUAUUACAAAGAGUUGUUACAGUAUCAGUCUUCACAAACCAGAUAAAGAACAUUGCUAACUUAGAACAUCAGACUUCACAAACCAGAAAACGAAGAGUUGUUACAGUGAAACCAGAUGCAGCUCUUCUCAAUUCUGCCUUUUGUUACAUCUUGAAAGUUCCUUUUGACAAGGAAGACAACUCUGGCAUCGUAUACGUGUGGAUCGGAAGCAAAGCUGACGAAGAUGAAGCAAAGCUAGCUGAGAAAAUUGCUAACCAGAUGUUUAAUACAAAUACGCACAGCUUACAAGUAAUCAACGAGUUUGAUGAGCCCGAAAAUUUCUUCUGGGUAGGGCUUGGUGGAGGCAAGGAUUAUGAGAAGGAUGCAGAGUUCAUGCAGUAUUCAAGACUUUUUCGCUGCUCGAACGAGAAGGGGUAUUUCUCCAUCUCGGAGAAAUGUGCUGACUUUUGUCAAGAUGAACUUGUGGAUGACGAUAUCAUGAUUUUGGACAACGGAAAAGAAGUAUUCAUCUGGGUAGGGCCAAAGUGUAGUGAGGUGGAGAUCAAGCUUGCGUACAAAAGUGCUCAGGUAUAUGUACAGCACAUGAGAGUCAAGCAACCAGAUCGUCCCAGGAAGUUGAUGCUCACUCUGAAAGGAAAGGAAUCUCGCAAAUUUACCAAAUCCUUCCAUGGCUGGGUAGUACCCAAGUCAUUUAAAGAUGAGGCACUGGCAUCAAAGUCGGAAAGAACUUGACAUCAGGACUAAACUUCAAUAAGACCUAGACCAUGUAAGAACAAAGUAUUAACUAGAUGUACUUUCUGCAGGAUCCCCAAGAGUAAAUAAAACCAAAAUUCAGAGUAACAGAUAUUUUUACUUUA